GGUAACGUGAGUUGCCGAGUCGUCACACAAGGGUGAGCAAAUUCUCAACUUCUCUGCUAAAACAGCGUUCAAGACAGGGAAAUCAUGGCUCAAAUUUUUGGUAUCGAUCAUAAAAUGUUUGCAAUAGGAUCGCUGGCCAUCACGUCGAGUGUUGCAGUUUAUAGUACUUAUAAAUUAAUUUCCGAACGGAGACAACGAAAGAAGACCGUGGCAUCUGAGAAUGUCUACGAGACACAGAAACUUUUGAAUGAGUACUUAGUUUUUCACUUUGGUGCUCCAAAUGAAGUUUUAAGGUACGACUUUGGGCCAAAGGAUUCUCUGGAUUUUCCGAAAAGAUGUGCAGAUUUGUGUCUCUCUCACUACAAGCCACAGCAAGGUAUCCCAAACAGGGCACUUGAUAUUGGAUGUGCAGUUGGUAGAACAUCAUUUGAACUAGCUAGAGUAAUCAAUGAAGUGAUUGGUAUAGACUUUAGUCAGAAAUUUGUGGAUGCAUGCAAUGCACUCAAGGAAUCUGGAGAAAUGAAAUACUGGGUACUAGAUGAGGGUGCUCUUGUGACUGAUUUGAUUGCCAGAAUAGAUAGUGACAUUGACAGAAGUAGGACAUCUUUCCGCCAAGGAGAUGCAUGCAAUCUUCCUGUUAGCCUGGGUCAAUUUGGAUGUGUAUUUGCAGGAAAUCUCAUAUGCAGAUUACCCAAUCCAUAUGAUUUCUUGAAUAGACUUCCCACUCUUGUAGCUAGGGGAGGAAUUCUUGUCAUCACUUCACCAUAUACAUGGCUGGAAGAGUACACCCCCAAGAAUUUAUGGCUUGGAGGUUAUAUUGAUAAAAAUGGAAGGAAAGUAACAGGGUUCGAUAACUUAAAGAAAGUUUUGGGACCUGAUUUUGACCUACUUGAAGACAAAGAUAUGCCUUUCUUUAUUCGUGAGACAGCUCAUAAAAACCAGUGGACUGUUGCACAUGCUACAGUGUGGAGAAGAAAAUAAACACUACUAUAUAUUAUGAUUGUAAAAAUAGAGCAAAUGUAUACAGGAAUCUUUUUAGACAUAUUACUGCGUUUUGGUCAGUGAAGAUAUACUAUAAGGAAGAGGUAUCAUGUAGAGUUA